AUGUAUGAUGCCGAAACCUUGCUCAAAUGGGUUCAUUAUAAAUUUAUAACUGAGUUUAGUUUAUUCAGUGAAUUUUUGGACAUUAAGAAGAUAAAAACGUCUGAACUUAAAAAUGUAAAAGCUAGUCCAUUUAGAAAACAGCUGGGAUUCGAUUUGGAUUAUCUCAAUGAAGACAGCAAACUGCGGACUGAAAUAAAAAAAAACAAUCUUAGUUGUAAAAAUCUUAGCCACACAUAUGUGAAACAAAGUUUUAAGCCUUGUUUAGGAAAAGGAUGUUUGAAAUUGCUUGAAACUAUCAAUGAUGAAAUAGAAAAGAAUAUUCCAGCAGAUUAUAGGACUUUUACUUUUACAAAAAAUCUGCAACAACUCACCGAUUUACUUUUGUCGAGAAAAAACAAUUUGAAAAAACCUAAAACGCCUAAAGGAACACGCGACUUCCACCAAUCCGAGAUGAAGAUACGUAAUAUAGUUAUAAAUGAAAUUACUAAGGUAUUUCGAUCGUUUGGCGCUGAGGCCAUUGACACUCCAGUCUUUGAACUCAAAGAAAUUUUGGUUGGAAAGUAUGGAGAAGAUAGUAAACUUAUUUAUGACUUAGCGAAUCAAGGUGGAGAAUUAUUGGCUUUAAGAUACGACUUGACGGUUCCUUUUGCACGAUAUUGUUCCACUCAUGACGUUGAAAAAAUUAAACGUUUCCAAAUUGGAAAAGUAUAUCGCCGUGAUGAACCUCAAAUGAAUAAAGGUCGAUAUCGUGAAUUUUACCAAUGCGAUUUUGAUAUUUUGGGUCAGUAUAAUGAAUUGAGUUCUGAUGUCGAAGUACUAUUAGUGAUUAAUGAAGUUCUAAAGCGAUUCGAUUUAUUUUUUAGCCAGUACACAAUAAAUGUAAAUCACCGCUCCAUUUUGAACGCGAUACUUUCCUCUUCCGGAGUAGACAAAAAAAAUAUUCCAGUGGUUUGUUCCUCUAUUGAUAAAUUGGACAAGCAACCAUGGGAAGAGGUAAAAAACGAAUUAAUAAUGGUCAAACAGAUAGAUGCUGCCGUGGUAGACAGAAUAAAAGACUUGAUUUUGUUUGAUGGAUCUAAUCAGGAAAUCAUUCAGUUUUUGAAGGAAAAACAAAAGCUUUAUUCUGAUGAAAACUUUAGCAAAGCAAUUCAUGAAUUGGAAAAAAUAUUUUUUAUUUUAGACAACGCAAAUAUCAAGCUUAAUUUAAGUUUAGCACGAGGUCUUGAUUACUACACAGGCAUUAUUUACGAGGUGACUAUAAAUGAUGAUGCUCUUGGAGUAAAGACUAUAGCUGCGGGCGGGCGAUACGACAAUUUGUUGCGCUGUUUCUCAAAUAACUGCAUUCCAGCUGUGGGUGUGAGUUUUGGAUUAGAAAGGUUAAUGACGUUCAUAUUAGAAAAACUGGCUUCUGACCCGGAACUUUUUGACAAAUGGCUACCGAACAACAAAAUUUUACAUGUUUACAUAGCGAAAUUGAAAAAUGUAGAUUUAAAAGACGUUAUAAUCCUUGCAAAUAAAUUACGAAAAAUUGGAAUUGUCACUGAAUAUUCACUCAAAAUUAACCAGAGUUUAAAUAACGAGUUAAAGACUGUUUUAAACGCUAAGAUUCCAUAUAUGGUUAUUAUGGGCGAAAAUGAAAUAAAAAAUGGAAUUAUUUCUAUAAAAAAU